GGAAAUGUCCUGUUUUAAAAAAGCACGCAUGUAAGCCUAGCCCGUGAGCCAUAUGAAAACAGUUAGAAAAGGGUAAAAAAUCACAUUCAAGGGCCCUGUUGCCGGGCUGGUUCGAGCGUUGCCUCGUGGAUUGUUUGUGUGGGUUGCAGGAGCUCUCGACGCAAAACCAACUUUUUUUGUUCCCUACCAGACUGCGCGCAAGGAAAUCAACAUGACCGCAUCGUUUUCUGGCUAAGUACAGCCCAAGAGAAUAUAGUAAUGCCCCACGACUUAAGAAAAGAGGGAAGGGGGGAAGAGGGGAAGAGAGAGAAAGUGAAGUAAAUAUGAAGUUGGUAGGGAAGAAAGAGGUAGUAGUAACUAGUAGUUGUUACCUGACUUACCAGGCAUCUUUCCAGCCGGAGGUUCGCGUGGCCCAAGCGCCCCGCCGAUUGGCUGGUUGUCAGCCUCGGCGGUUUCAUUCGUUUCUCGACCUUCUUGGACGAUACACUAGACUACUUACCUUAGCCUUUACUCCAUCUCCCCUACCUUACCUCACUUCGAACGGAACAACAGAACAAGAACUGAGACUCCAGAACAAAGCACGGUUCCAACCUGCAUCUCUCCAUCGAGUCCACACCCCCAAACCCAAAACCCAAAACCCAAAACCCAAGCAUGGACCCGACAGAACUGACAGCGACAGCGGGUUAAGGUUCCUGAGCUCAGGCAGGCAGGCUGACGGAUCGAUUGCGUUUGCGUUUAGUCCGUUCAAGCGAAAUGGCUCUUGCUGCCCAAUUUGGAAUCGGUCCUGGCCUCACCUUUGCCUUUGCCUCUGCUGGGCACGGCUGAUGUUCGUUAUGCUUGGGAUUUGGCAGACCCAGACCCAGACCCAGGCAAAGGCACAGGCACAAUUGGGAGAGAACAGAAGGGGAUGAUGAUCCGACCUGCUGUCUGUCUGUCUGUCUACUCACUCAACCCCCAAGACCACGACCACGACCACGACCACGACCACGACAACGACAACGACCUCUAGACAAAAACCUGGCGGACUUGACUGACUCCUUCAACGACCAACUAACUCACUAAUUUACUCUGCUUAAGCCCU